AAAAGUACACAAUUUGCAAAGUUUUUCAAAUAAUUAAAAUUAAAUAGCAAGUUACGGAAACAAGCAUUUAUGUAAAUUACACGUAAACACUUAUUAAAAAUAUUAAAAUCACAUAUCUAGUAAAACAAAAUGUACAAUAAAAACAACCCAAAGAAUUUAAACAGGUAGGAGAAACAGGAAAUUUUAAGAUUUUAAUCGUUGGAAUUGCUAAUAUUUAUUGAAGAAAUUAUUAUGGACGAUUACAAGUUCCUCUUCAAAGUAGUCCUCGUAGGCAAUGCAGGAGUUGGCAAAACUUGCUUGGUUCGCAGGUUUACCCAAGGAUUAUUUCCUCCGGGUCAAGGAGCGACAAUAGGAGUCGAUUUUAUGAUUAAAACUGUCGAUGUUGGCAAUGAAAAAGUUAAACUGCAAAUAUGGGACACGGCAGGACAAGAACGUUUCCGAUCAAUUACCCAAAGCUACUAUAGAUCAGCACAUGCCUUAAUUUUGGUUUACGAUAUUUCUUGUCAGCCUACGUUUGAUUGUUUGCCAGAUUGGCUGAGGGAAAUUGAAGAGUACGCCAGCAGUAAAGUUUUGAGGGUUUUAGUUGGGAAUAAAAUUGAUAGGGACGACCGAGAAAUACCUAUACAAGUUGGCGAGGAAUUUGCUGAAAGGCAUAACAUGUAUUUUUUAGAGACUUCUGCUAAGGAAUCGGAUAAUGUCGAGAGAUUAUUUAUGCAGAUUGCUGAAGAUUUAAUGAAGCAAGCAAGAAUGACGAAUGUACCAAGGUAUGAUCCAAAUAGUUACAAUGUCGAUUCUUCGAGUCAAGAAUCAAGCUGUUGCAGUAGGUUAACUUAGUUAAUAAUUAUUGUGCAUGUAUGUUCUGUUCUCAGGUACAUAAUAAUUUUUGUGGCAAUUAUUCUUGCCAAAUUUGUCUGAAAGGAUUUUUAUCUACUUUGAUGGCAGCUUUUUUGUGAUUCACUUAUGAAUUAAGUCAUUCCAAAUAACUUUUUCUUUUGUCAAUGUGAUAAGUUUCAAUUAUUAUUGAUGUAAUUGUAUAAGCUAAAUUUCUUCCAUUUUUUAUUUGAGGUUUCUUUUUUAAUCAAAUUUUAAAAGGCCUUUGUACUUAAUUUUAAACCUGCUUAUUUUAUUGUUAUGUUUAAGUAUAAAUAUUUAUUUUUAGUGGUGUAGGUGUUGUUUAGCUUUAAGGUUUUUUGUCAUUUAUACAUAUAAUAUAUUAAACCAAAGAAUUUUUUUUGACAUAAUACUCCAUAAUAAAUGAAUAAUUAAAAUUA